AUGCAGUUGAUAACUUUGCUGGCUUUGGCAGCUUCUGCUGCUGCCGACUAUGCCCAGUCCCCUCCGGUGUAUCCCUCGCCGCCUGGCAAGGGCCUUGGUUCAUGGGCCGACGCAUACGUAAAUGCUCGUCAGCUUGUAGGCCAGAUGACCCUGGAGGAGAAGGUAAACAUCACACGGGGUUUUGUGAACCCCGAGAAUGUCUGCGCCGGGAACACCGGCACUGUCCCUCGGUUGGGCUGGCCCGGUAUGUGCUUGCACGAUGCCGGGAACGGAGUUCGCGCCACGGACAUGGUCAAUGCAUACCCCUCGGCCAUCCACGCUGGUGCAAGUUGGGAUAAGAACCUGACGUACGAGCGCGGCCUAUACAUGGGCAAGGAGUUCAAAGCUAAGGGCGUAAACAUCCUCCUGGGCCCCAAUGCCGGGCCCUUGGGUAGAUCUCCGCUAGCAGGCCGAAACUUUGAAGGCUUCUCUGUUGAUCCGUAUUUGUCCGGCCGCUUGAACGCGGAGACGAUCGCUGGCCACCAAGACGCUGGAGUGAUUGCGACUAUCAAGCACCUCAUCGCAAACGAACAAGAAACGUUCAGACGGCCAUAUUUUGGUGUCGAGGCAGCCUCUUCCAACGUUGAUGACAAAACCCUGCAUGAGUUUUACCUCUGGCCGUUCAUGGACAGUGUCAAAGCCGGGGUGGCAUCGGUCAUGUGCUCUUACAAUAGAGUGAAUAAUACCUACGGCUGCGAGAACAGCAAGCUGAUGAAUGGCAUUCUCAAGACGGAGCUAGCUUUUGAAGGGUUUGUCAUGCUGGAUUGGAACGCCCGCCACAGCCUGAACUCGGCAAACGCUGGCCUGGAUAUGCUGAUGCCUGGAGGAGGAAGCUGGGGCAAUAACCUCACUGCCGCAGUCCACAACGGGACUGUCAGCGAAGACAGAGUGACUGACAUGGCUACGCGAAUCGUCGCUGCUUGGUACCUGGUAGGACAAGAUGGCUCCAACUUCCCGACGCCGGGCAUUGGCAUGAAAAAUCUUACUUUGCCCCACGAGCACGUUGACGCCAGAGUACCUGAGUCAAAACCUGUUAUUCUUGAUGGGGCAAUCGCGGGCCACGUGCUUGUUAAGAACGAAAACGAAGCGUUGCCAUUCAAAGAAAAGCCCAAGAUGCUCUCUGUGUUUGGGUACGAUGCUGCUAUCCCAAGAACUAAGAAUACAGAUACAGUAUUUCAAUUGGGUUAUCUCUCGUCACCGGAGAUGAGCCAAGCCGUCCUGGGCACCGAGCAACAUUUCGACCAGGCUGCGAAGGGUGGCACCAUUGUGGUUGGAGGACGAGCUGGUGCCAAUGCGCCUAGUUAUAUCAGUGAUCCUUUGAGUUCCAUCCAGCAACGCGCCAAGGUGGAUAAUACGUGGGUGAAUUGGGACCUAAAUUCACCCACCCCGGACGUCAACGCAGCUUCUGAUGUUUGUUUGGUCUUCAUCAAUGCGAUAUCGACCGAGGGAUGGGAUCGGGAGGGACUGCAUGAUGACUUCAGCGACGGUCUAGUGCUCAGUGUGGCCUCAAAAUGCGCGAACACUGUCGUCGUUAUCCAUACCGUGGGUGUCCGUCUUGUGGACCAAUGGAUUGAGCAUCCCAAUGUUACAGCCACAAUAAUUGCACAUUUGCCUGGUCAAGAUAGCGGAGACGCUCUAGUCCAGCUUCUUUACGGGGAGGCAGGGUUCUCUGGUAAGCUCCCAUACACUCUGGCCAAGAACGAAAGCGACUAUUCGGUCUAUCAUGUUUGCGCCCAAGCAUCGCCAAACGAUACAGACCCUCAAUGCGACUACACAGAGGGUGUUUACGUUGACUAUCGCCAUUUUGACGCCAAAAAUAUCACACCUCGCUAUGAAUUUGGGUAUGGGUUAAGUUACACGAGUUUUGAUUAUUCGAGACUGGCAAUCAACUCCAGCAGGUUGGAUGCAGGUCUCGGGCCACAGAGUGAUAUUUGGGAAGUUGUGGCGGUUAUCGAGGCCACAAUUACCAAUAAUGGUUCGGUGACCGGUGCAGAGGUUGCACAGCUUUACCUGGGCAUCCCCAAUAGCCCCCCUAAGCAGCUGCGCGGCUUCGAGAAAGCCCUUCUCCACGCAGGAGAAUCAGCAACAGUGCGAUUUGAGCUUACCCGGCGCGACAUCAGCGUAUGGGAUACAGUCUCACAACAAUGGGCUGUCCAAGGUGGGAAUUAUACUGUUUUUGUAGGCGGCAGCAGCCGGGACGUCCGAUUGAAUGGAGUGGUUGAGGUUUAG